UUAAUUUUAUAUUGGCCAGUAGAGAAUGUCUCGAAACCAUAUUACGGCUGCGUAUUUCGGUGGACAAAUGUUUUCAACUCUAGUUGUCGUCGGUAUUUCACAAGGAAAUGAAUUUGGAAUCGACCUCAGUGAAUAUGAAGUGGGAGUGGAUUUUAGAGGCGUUCACAGGAUUCCAGAAGGCGUGCACUACGUGUAUGCCAGUAGUUGCGACGCACAAGGACACAAAGGAUCACGGACAGGUUUCGUGCAUUACUUCCUUAAAAACGAAAUCGUCGUCUGUGAGUGGGACAUGCACACAGAAGAGUUGAAACUGGGUGCCGAUGUAUCUAAAGCCGUUCUAGAGAAUAUUGCAAGUGCUGAACGAUACAGCGAAAUCGAGCCAUUGCUCCAAAACUACAAGUCGGAUGAAUACGACUCGUGGAAAAUUCUGACGAACCAUAUCACUGCUGGUCUGUUGAGGCGAAUCGUACCAACGUUUGCUGAACGUGUCGCAUGUUCCAAGAACGCAAGCCAUGCAGCUUGCAGAGAACAGACUCGUGAGAACGAAGCGUGCAAUGAACGUGGCUCCGUGUUAGUUGCCGAAUCAAGGCAACUCACUAGUUCAGUUGAUGUUUCUAACCACACGUUAAAUUUCACCAACGUCCCAGCACGCUCAGGGAAGGACUUGUCAGCAGCAGAAAUUUCCGCGAAUUGCAUGGAUGCGAUAAAGGUGAUAAAUAAGUUGAUAUCGACGAAUGGGGAAGAGCAGAUACUGGGCGAGUUUCAGCUCAGCUUUAUACUUUUCUUCUGUGGACAUUUGAUCGAUUGUUUGCAACAAUGGAGAACACUGUUUGCGUUGCUGUGCAACUCGGAGCUAGCGGUAAUUAGUUAUGGACAGUUUUACUCUAAGCUGUUGAUAUUGUUGAUGUACCACAUCCCAAUGUUGCCGCUUGAAAUGGUAGGAAACAUUGAAACAAACACCAUUUAUAAGGACACGCGAAAACUGUUGCGAAAUACUUCUCAGACUAAGUGUGCUUCCGAUAUGCAGCGAUUGCUAGUUAGUUUGCAGCAAACGGUUCAUUGGGACUUUCCUGGCCUAUUCGAGGAAGAUCCAGAGGACCUACCAACUGUUGUGACGCUUUAAUGCCUAAUAAUAAAUAUUGAAUAAGUCCGUAAGUCCAACUCAGAUGAUAUUAGAUCACGAUUGUAAUAAACAUUUGUCUAAAUAAGCUUGUAAGGAUUGUAAAAUACCUGUUAGACUAAAACAUACUUUCGAUACGCAGCGAUUGUUAGUUGGCAGCAAACGGAACAUCGGAACUUGUCUGGCCUAUCCGAAGAAGAUCGAGAGGACUUAUCAACUGUUGUGGCGCAACAAAAUGAUGUGUUGAUGUGCAACAAAAAUGAUUGAAUAUGUGAUCAGCUCAGAUGACAUUAGUACAUGAUAGUGAUAAAUAUUGUCUAAAACACGCGUUUAGAGGUUGUCGUUGUCCUCCGUGUCGUUUGUUGUUAAAACAUAUUUUCAAAAAUAAGUAAUAAAAAACAACCCAUCAUAGUAUCACAUUUUGCAGUCCGACGACACGUGGUAAAAAAUGAGCAGAAAGGUAAUACGCAAAAAAUUGCACAAAAUUCGUGUCACACUGGAUGGCAAGA